AUGGCCACCUUCUCAACUCUAGCCUACUUCCCCAUUACAAUUAAGUUCUCCUGGAUUAGGGCCAGUUAUGACCCCAACAAGAAGAGCAUGAACAACAUCAAGAUCAAUGGUACCUAUACCAAGUCCUCAACCAAGGUUGACAUGGCAAGCACUUUAACAUCAGUUACUUCUGUUACUGAAAAUGGUUACAUUAGUGAACAGCAAGUUCGACAGAAUAUUCCGACAACCAAGCAGUCUGUUGAUCAUUAUCGCCAAGGGAUGAUGAUCGAAGGCGGUGUAGGGUACAGACAGAGGGUGGUUAUUAGGUCUUAUGAAGUUGGUCCUGAUAAAACUGCAACGUUGGAGAGCAUCCUUAAUCUUCUGCAGGAAACAGCAUUAAAUCAUGUGUGGAUGUCAGGACUCCUCAGUGAUGGGUUUGGAGCAACUCAUGGAAUGAUGAAGAAUGAUCUCCUAUGGGUUGUGUCAAGAAUGCAAGUUCAAGUUGAUCACUAUCCUAUCUGGGGAGAAGUACUGGAAAUUGACACUUGGGUUGGGGCAUCAGGGAAGAAUGGUAUGCGUCGAGACUGGUUGAUCCGAAGUGAAGCCACAGGUCAUGUUUUUGCUCGUGCAACCAGCACCUGGGUGAUGAUGAACCGAAAGACAAGACGCCUCUCAAAAAUGCCAGAAGAAGUGAGAGCUGAGAUUGCACCUUGGUUUAUACAGAAGCAAGCAAUCACAGAAGAUAACUUUGACAAAAUUGUCAAGUUGGACAGCAAAGCCAAGUACAUGAACAAGGACUUGAAGCCCAAGAGAAGCGACUUAGACAUGAACCACCAUGUCAACAAUGUCAAGUAUGUGAGGUGGAUGCUUGAGACCAUCCCUGACCAAAUUUUAGAGGCACAUCAACUGACAAGCAUUGUCCUAGAGUACAGAAGGGAGUGUGGGAGCUCAGAUAUAGUUCAAUCACUUUGCCAACCCAAUGAAGACGGCAUUCUCAAAGAUGGACUACAGCAAGAGAAAGAUACCACCCUCGUAAACGGGUUUUCAUUGGCAGCUGAGAUUCUUGAGGGUAAUGGAUACCUUGCAUCCUUUGGCAAGCAGCCAUUGCGGUAUACACAUCUCCUACAAGUUGAUGGAGAGUCCCAAAAUGAAGAGAUUGUUAGAGGAAGAACUACAUGGAAGAAGAAGUCCUGUUCGUCAUAG